AUCAAUAUAUGAUGCUCCCAAUGAUACUGACGUACCAAGUGAAGCUAAUAUGUAUGUCAAACCUCAAUGCCACAUGAAAUGGCUACACUUUAUACAGAAGGAAAUGAAACAAAAGAAGCUCGUUCAAGAAAUGAAACCUCAAGACAAGACAUCAAGUAGUUAUGUCCAUCGAAAGUUACAAGUAUUUCCUUUUGUCAAGAAAUUGAAUACAAGCAAGUACAGAUCAUUAAAAGAAAACACAUUGACUGCUAUCAAUUCCAAAAAGGCUUUGGAGAUAACAAGCAAGCUUAGAAACAUUGAUAAAAAGGACAUUGAUGCUGUUCAAAAUUUUAUAAAAACAGUACAAGCAAGAAUUCAAGCCAAGACUUUCAUGCCUCUCAAGUAUACUGGCCUUCGAGGAUCAAAGUAUUUUUCUUUACUUCCUUUGUACAAGAUUGCUUCCAAGAGUAUACAAAUUGAUGCUCAAGCUUUUUGGAGACUUGCCAAGCAAUGUGACAACAAGAUCAAACCAGGACAAAAGGAUGAUAAUGACUUAACUUUAUGGUACUUUAAUGUCUUUGAAUUUUCAAAAAUAGGCUACAAGACACUUAAUAGUUUAACUUCACGCCCAAAGAAGUUUGCAAAUGCGAUCAUCACUGAUGGUUAUGCUGUAUCCUUUAAGUUUAAGAAAGAUGUUGCUAUCCAAGAUGAGCCUAGAAGAGAACCAAAGACACCCAAGGAUUUUGCUGAUAUAGCUGACGAUGCAGAAAUUUGGACUGUUGAUCCUGGUAUAUCAACUAUCUUUACAGUAGACUCUACAGAACAUGAACGUAUCCGGACUACAAGCUUAGAAGAAUAUUAUCAUUUAUGUGAUUGCAAUCUUGCUACAAGAAGACGAAAAGAACACCAAAAGUGUCAUUUAGACGAAUUUAAGUAUAUUAGUGAAUUACUUACUUUAAAAACUGCAAACUUGACUUCAUUUUUACUAGCUGCCUCUACACGUUUACAAAACUAUCAAAGAAUCCAUAACUACUGCUGCCAAGGUAAAUGGCCUCAAAGGCUAAAGUUCAAAACAUAUAUCAACAAGCAAAAAGAAACUCAAGCAAUUGUUAAAAGACUCUUUGACAAUAGCAAAAAGUAUGACAAAUCAAGCACAGUUGGCGCUAAAAACCAAAACAAAAGCAAACAUGUACCUUUACCUCCUGCUGACCUCCCUUCCUUCUCUCAACGGAAGCGGAUCAUUGCGUUUGGAAAUGGUUCUUUUGGUUCAAAUAUGAAAGGAAAACGAGCUGCACCUAUUAGACGUAUUACUGAAGAAAUCAAACGAAAAUUCAAACAAUCUAAUGAGGGGACCGAAUUUGUUUCGGUUGACGAGUAUUUAACGAGUCAGAUCUGUAACAAGUGCAAAUCCAAACAAUUAAAUAAUAUCUCUAUUACUGGAUCAAAACGAAGAUUACACUCUGUCCCCAAGUGUGAAUCUUAUGGUACGGUUUGGAAUCGCGAUGUGAACAGUGUAUUAAAUAUAUAUGGUAUCUUUGUUUACAAAUCAGAACAUGACAAUGAAAUUCCUCUCUCCUCCAAAAGACUAGCGGUGCUCUUGGAUUUAAUGCGCUAUCUAUGA